GAAAGUAGCCUAGUCAGCCACAAGAAAUAAAAAGACAAAGACAGCCGGAUUUCGUUAUCCGCUUUCAAAACUCUUUACACUUUCGGAUGGCUCUCCCUCCUCCUCUGCUUCUUCCACUUGGUUCUGCUUAUGGCAAAGCUCUGAAUUGUUGUUGUCACGGCAUUUCCUGUAACAAGGUUUGGGGUGUGUUUGCGCGGUGCUCAAAUAUGAAACUUGGAGUUCGAGCUUCAGGAAGUAGAGUAUAUGGCAAUGAAAUGAAUUCAAUUACGCGAAGGGAUGUUCUUGAGUUGGUUUUGGGAGUUUCAAGCCUCUUUUUAGAGUCAGUUGAGGCCAAAGCAGCCAGCUUGCCUCCCGAGGAUAAACCAAGAAUGUGUGAUCAGAUGUGCGAGAAAGAGCUUGAAAAUGUACCGAUGGUGACUACAGAGUCUGGUUUGCAGUACAAGGAUAUCAAAGUAGGUGAAGGCCCUAGUCCUCCUAUUGGUUUUCAGGUGGCUGCUAAUUAUGUUGCCAUGGUUCCUUCUGGACAGAUAUUUGAUAGUUCAUUGGAGAAAGGUCAGCCGUAUCUUUUUCGUGUUGGCUCUGGUCAGGUGAUCAAGGGGCUUGAUGAAGGAAUACUAACCAUGAAAGUUGGAGGGACGCGUCGACUUUAUAUUCCUGGAUCGUUGGCAUUCCCUAAAGGUCUCGUUUCUGCCCCAGGACGGCCGAGGGUGGCUCCUAACAGUCCAGUAAUUUUCGACGUGAAUUUGUUAUACAUACCAGGUCUUGAAUUCGAUGAAGAGUAAAACUGGUGGGAGUGUUUACACUUUCCUAUAGAUACUGUUCUCCAACUUCUUCCCCUUAACAAAAAAUUGGCUGGAAACAAGGUUGAUAUUGUGAGUAAGCUUCAUUGUAUACGUUGAUUCUAAUUCAUUAUUUUUUUUUUUCUGGAAUAUUGUAAAAGUGAAAAAACAAACAUGCCUCAUUCAUUUCUUGGUGCAAGUUUUGAUGAAUGUUGAGUAGCUGGACAUCUUUGUAGUACUUCAUGUGAUCAUGAAGUUUUCUUUAAUGUGUAGCUAUCAUACUCAACCACAUCCCCUUUUGCUUUC